GGCCGGGGGAGGCGCGCACCGAGCCGGCUGGGGGGCCUCUCGCCCCGGCCCUUUGAGUCGGUACCGGACAGUUCCCGGGUGACCAAAUGGCUAAGACUUCAGAUCUGGCCAAAAGAUUCGAGGUACAAAUGUCCUGGUGAUCUCUUCCAAAAGAGCACGGCCACCGAAAAGCUCUCCUCUGCCACCGAGGAUUUGCCAUGACUCAGGAUCGACUCAAUAGCAGCUGAUUUUCUUCCAGGAUAUGCAAGGGGUUACCCCCAAAACUGAUGCUCUUCUGUUUUGAUGUGAGCGGGAUAGUGCAUUUGGAGUUCGGUUCAUUCCACCAGGGUUCAUCUGUUGGACAUACCCACCAAGUAAAGAUGCUUAGAAGUUAGUCCCGGGAAGCCAGACCUGUUUCCAGACUGGAAAUCGGAAUGAAGAGCUUGGGAGCUCCCAGGUUCAGCGAUGUGAUCAUGGAUCACCAUGCUUCCACCAUCAAACCUCGGAGAAUCCAAAACCAAAAUGUCAUUCACCGCCUGGAACGCCGACGGAUCAGCUCAGGCAGGGCAGGCGCCCACUGGCACCAGGUCCGGGUGCUCCACCAGAAUGUCUUCCCUAACUUUACGGUGGUCAAUGUGGAGAAGCCGCCCUGCUUCCUGCGAAAAUUUUCACCUGAUGGGCGCUUCUUCAUUGCUUUUUCUUCCGACCAGACCUCUCUGGAAAUCUAUGAGUACCAGGGCUGCCAGGCGGCCGAGGACCUACUCCAGGGCUAUGAAGGGGAGAUCCUGUCCAAUGGCAAUGACCAGCGGUCAGUCAAUAUCCGGGGCCGGCUCUUUGAACGCUUUUUUGUCCUGCUGCACAUUACCAACGUGGCAGCCAACGGCGAGCACCUGAACCGGGAGUGCAGCCUCUUCACAGACGACUGCCGCUGUGUCAUUGUGGGCUCUGCUGCCUACCUCCCAGACGAGCCACACCCACCUUUCUACGAGGUCUACCGGAACAGCGAAUCCGUGACUCCCAACCCGCGGUCCCCUCUGGAGGACUACUCCCUCCACAUCAUUGACCUGCACACGGGCCGUUUGUGUGACACUCGCACAUUCAAGUGUGAUAAGGUGGUCCUGUCACACAACCAGGGGCUGUACUUGUACAAGAACAUCCUGGCCAUCCUGUCGGUGCAGCAGCAGACCAUUCACGUCUUCCAGGUGACCCCCGAGGGCACAUUCAUUGAUGUGCGGACCAUCGGCCGCUUCUGCUACGAGGAUGACCUCCUCACGGUGUCUGCUGUGUUCCCCGAGGUGCAGCGGGACAGGCAGACGGGCAUGGCCAAUCCCUUCAGGGACCCUUUCAUCAACUCCCUGAAGCACCGGCUGCUGGUGUACUUGUGGCGCCGGGCAGAACAGGAUGGGAGUGCGAUGGCCAAGAGGCGAUUCUUCCAGUAUUUUGACCAACUCCGGCAGCUGCGCAUGUGGAAAAUGCAGCUUUUGGAUGAAAACCACCUGUUUAUCAAGUAUACCAGUGAGGACGUUGUAACCCUGCGGGUCACAGACCCGUCACAGGCGUCAUUCUUUGUUGUGUACAACAUGGUGACAACAGACGUGAUUGCGGUCUUUGAGAAUACGUCAGAUGAGCUUUUGGAGCUCUUCGAGAACUUCUGUGACCUCUUCCGGAAUGCAACCCUGCACAGCGAAGUCCAGUUUCCCUGCUCAGCUUCCAGCAACAAUUUUGCAAGGCAAAUCCAACGCCGGUUCAAAGACACUAUUAUCAAUGCCAAGUAUGGAGGCCACACGGAGGCAGUGCGCCGGCUGCUGGGGCAGCUCCCCAUCAGUGCCCAGUCCUACAGUGGGAGUCCCUACCUCGACCUCUCUCUCUUCAGCUAUGAUGACAAGUGGGUGUCCGUCAUGGAGAGGCCCAAGACUUGUGGUGAUCACCCUAUCAGCUACCUGAGAAUGUUCUACGCCCGGGACUCUGGUCUGCUCAAGUUCGAGAUCCAGGCAGGCUUGCUGGGCCGCCCCAUCAACCACACCGUGCGUCGCCUCGUGGCCUUCACGUUUCACCCCUUCGAGCCUUUCGCCAUUUCCGUGCAGAGGACUAAUGCCGAGUAUGUCGUCAACUUCCACAUGCGCCACUGCUGCACGUAGCGGUCUCACCAAAGCCAGGUGACCGGUCUUCCAAGACGUCAUUGCCGCCCUCUUAUCUCUGUCGACCCCAAAGCAGCCGCCUCUGACCACCAGUCCUGUUCCUGCAGUUCCAGACUGGGAUACCUCAAAGGAGACUGAGCAGAGAGAGGAGUUGGGGGAGGGUGGAGACCUGACAGAUCAGUGUAACUGAAUUUUUAAAUGGUGUACAAUCUAACCGCUGAUGGACCUCGAGGUCUCUCGCCUUUUCCCUGUGGGAAUCCCUAGCAUUAAUUACGUUCAUUUAACUUUGGUUUUAUUUUGCAAUUUAUUGCCGUUACGAGAGCAUUACUCGGUCCUCCUCCUUUUCCCUUCGUUGGCAGCGUGGUGUGCAGCCAGAAGCAGACACAGCUCGCUUGCCCACGAGCGCCAUAGAUUCUCUUUCACUUAGCCAGCAAACAGGGCCAUCUCUAUAGGCAAAUGAAUCAGUGAAUGAAUAAAGCCUUGCUAUUUUCUUACUGAAA